UUACACACAUCAAAGCUCACCUAUAAGUUACCGAUUCAACACAAAAUUUCAGUUCGAGAUUUUCGUGCCAUAUCUAUCUGCUUUAAUCUUGUGGGUCGACAGCAGGAAGCGAGUUGGAAAGCGAGGGCAGAGAGACGCGCCUUUUCUGAACCAUGUGAUGCAGUGGAAGUAGCCAGUCAAACGCGAUUACACUGUUAUGCUAGCACUUGGUUUUCAUCCCUAAAAGAUUAAAGCACUUCUUUUGUACUUCUGUUACAUUUACUUCACGAUAUGUCAACCAAAAAGAAGCGGACGCCCAGUGCCCCAAGUGACAGCUGGGUUGUCAUUGCAGCAGAUUCUGUUGUUGAUUCAAAGAGGCGUGACGCAGACCCAUCUUUUGUGAAACUAAAGAAUCCACGCACAGACACAGUAUCGCUUUAUAUGUUGGGAAGUGGUGAUACACAGUUAUAUGAAGUGAAAGCAUUUGACGAAGACUACCACAGCUGGUUUAUUGGUCAGACUGUACAACAAGAUGGGAGGCUCCUCUUCAUCACACCACUCGACCCUCUCUAUCUUCUGCUGCCAUAUUUACUUCAUGCUGGCAAAGAGGAGAAGUUUCAACCCAUAGAGCAGCUUUUAGUGGAUGAGAAUUUCCCAGCCUGUUCCAGAUUGCUGAACUGUCCCUGUUCGUUGAGCCAUAUUGCAGAAGAAAAAGAGGUGGGAAGUCUGAAAUUUUUUCGGUACAGUCAAGAGCGGACAUUAGACUGGUUAAAGAAAAAGGUUGACAGAACAGUUGUUGCUCUUAAGAAAAAGAACAUUUCAGUUGGAGAAGGAGUAAAGUCUGCAACAUAUAUAAAAGUCAAGACUGAAUCAGAUUGUCCUGAAGAGGACUACUUGCGAUAUGCCCAUGGCCUUAUAUCGGAGUAUCUCAACGAAGACUUGAGCAACGCCCUCCUCAAACACUUAAAUUUACCUGAAGUCACAAGCCCAAAAGAGUCUGAGCCACCGUCAAAGAAGCGGAAACUGUCUGACAAGCCUGUGGAGGCUGGAGAGGACUACACCAAAUUCAACAGUGCAGACUUUGCGCGAAAACCACCGAAGAAGAUGACAGCAGCUCAGAAAACUCUGGCUAAAGUAGACAAGACCGGCAUGAAGACUAUGUCGUCCUUUUUCAGUCCCAAGGUCAAAACAGAAAAGUAAAUGUUUUGCUGUUGUGAACUACAUUGUAAUAAAGACAUUUGAUUUUGUAUGGAUCUGUCUGCUCAUAUGAAGCUCUUUAAAAUAACUUGGUUGGUUAUCAAGUCUAGCUGAAGGAAAAAAGCCUUAGCCAAGCAAAGCCUAAUUCCCUAAUUUCUUAGGUUUGGCAUUUUGUUGCCUUAAAAAGUUGUCUGCUCUUUGGACGGGACAGAACAUGGUUUGAAAAUGUGUGAGGGACCCAAAUUAAAGAUGAACACUUUGGAAUGUAAAA